AUGUCAAACGCAUUUGCCUUAUUUUUAACAGCAUUUUUUUCCUUUUCUGCAUUUAUUUUAUCAAUUAUUGGUUGUGCAGGUUCAACAAAGAAUUAUUAUCCAAUAAACCAUAUCUAUACAUCACAAAUUGACCUGACAGGUAUCUCAAUACGUUCAGUAAUAUCAACAGCAACAAUAGCGUCCGCAUCUGAUAUCAGUCUUCCAGGCUAUAUAAACCUUGGACUUUGGUCGUAUUGUAUAGAGACAACAAACAAAACAAUUGCCAGUUGUACUUCUCCUAAGGGCAUCCAAAAAUUCAAUUUAAAAGAAUUGUUGUAUGAUAACAUAGAGAAUAAUUCGAUAUUGGAAGCCAUUGACUCUGCCUCAAUCCUUUUACCCGAAGAUAUUCAAAAUAAGAAGUCCUAUUUCAACGGUCUAAUUAAAUGUAUGUUUAUCACGCUGUUGAUAGGUAUCGUUUUGUCUUUCUUAAAUACAUUAGUCUGUAUCAUUAGAUGGGUUAUACAUUUCAGGUUUGUUCAAGCUGUCGGCAUCUUUAUAUCAUUUUUCUCGUUUGCUUCUUUAUUGGUCAGUGCAAGUUCAUGUGUUGCUGCAUUAAUUAUCAUUUACAGAAUUUUGGACGAUAAUGAUUCCUAUGGUAUCAAAUUGAACUAUGGUCAUGUUUAUUUGGGUAUUAUAUGGGGUGGUGUGCUGGCUGCAUUAUUCAGUUUUAUAACUUGGUGUUCUGUCAGAUCUUCUAGACGUCCACAAGUUAUUUACAUGUCAGAACCUAUUGAAAAGAAACCACUCAUAUAUUAA